AUGGAGCCUGAAAUCAUCCCCGAGACCCCCACUAAGACCCCUGAUGGCAUCCCUGACUUUCCCCCGCUUCUAUUUUCAAAUGAUUUAUGCACGGUAUACCGCAACAAGCUAUCGGCGUUAGAAGAAAUCAAUAACUACUCUAAACCCCAUGGCUACUCCGUGUCAGUUUUGCGAUCUGUCAAAUUCGACGACAACUCUGGCCGCUAUCGAAUCAUCCAUCUCUGCUGUACUCGCGGACGAAAAUAUAGACAACGGAACAAUAACAACGAGAUACGAGAAUCGUCAACUCAAGCAGUUGAAUGCCCAUUCCGUCUAUCAUUACAUGCCAUAGACGAUUUCCAGCUAAAUCUCACCGCGGAAAACAUUGAUCAUAAUCAUGGGCCUUCGCCUAAUAUCUCAACACAUGUUUACCAUCGCCGCCUAGAGCUCGAGCAGAAGACUGAUCUUAUCCAAAACCAACUACGACAAGGCCUUAAAGCACAACGAAUUGUCAUAGGUCUCCGGAGAGAUGAUCCUGAAUCAUGUCUUAUUAAACAGGAUAUUUAUAAUCUUGUUCAAAGAACUCAGCGUGAAUAUCUAGCUAGACGCAUACCUAUGCAGGCAUUGAUUGAAGAGCUUCCACGAGACGGAGUAUGGCAACUUGAAGUUGAGCUUGAUUCAUCAAAUACUCCAACUCUCUUAUUUUGUGCCCAUCGCACCAGCAUAACCUUACUACAAACGAGUCCUUGGGUUAUCUCUAUGGACCCAACGUUUAAAACGAAUAAGUAUUCACUCCCACUACUUAACAUUGUUGGAUUCGCAGCAACCGGACAGUCAUUUCUUAUUGCAUGCGUUUUUAUUGAAGACCAAACACGAGAUACAUUUAUUGUUGCUGCGGAGUGUUUAAAACGACUUUACAAUGCUCUGGCUAUUCCUCAAUGCCUAUACCCAACAACAAUUCUAACAGAUAAAGACGAUCAACUUCAAUCUGCUCUUUCUAUACUCGUUUUCAAUCGAACCAAUAACAACCCGAGUAAAGCUGAGAGAGAGGCCAAGCGAGAUAAGAUUGAUGAAGCAUGGAAAAACAUGCACCGCCGGUGGAAUCGCAUUGUUUAUGCUGACGCAACAGAUUUUGAAGAGAAAUGGGAGUGGUUUAAGACGGAAUACGAGGAAUUCCCAGACCUAAUUAGCUAUAUCCAAGCCAAUUGGCUAGAUGAAAUAACAGGUUGCCCGAAACAGUUCCUCCGCAUGCAUACAUCUCAAUAUCUCCACCUUAGAGAAUCGGCUACCUCACGAACUGAAAGUGUGAACUGGAUGCUUAAACGGGAGCUCCCAGGCUCGCAAAAUAACCUUGUUGUUUUACAACACUUUGAGCCACUCCUUGAACGCCGAUUUAAGAAGAUUCGCCUUAAAAUUGAAUUUCAAAAGAUGAAUCGCCUAACACGGUCACAUGCUGUUUUCCAGCAGCUUGCAUGUCGAAUUUCAAUUAAAGGUAUUCAUCUCGCUCAAGACGAAUUCGAAAAAUAUCUCCCUGAGGCGUCACAUAGACUACCAAUUCCACGUGCCCUAGGAUGUGAAUGUGGUGUGGAAGAGGCAUGGCAUCUCUAUGGGUUUGAAGCUCCGCCUCCUCAAGAAAGAAUGAUUCAAGAGCCACUUCGGAAGGUAAAUCGCACCGGUGGAAGACCACGUGGUGCAGCUAACUUCCCCCGAUCUCAAUCCCAAUCCCAAACUCAAUCGAGUCAAUCCCAAACGCAAACACAAACGCAAACACAAACGCAAACUCAAUCUCAGACUGAAUCGCCACGUUUAACACCAUUCGAGAGAUCUGUUCAUAGGGAGCCGUCUGGGUGGGAAUACGGAGACCCAGCACUCUUCCAACAAGCAGGUGAUCGGUAUCCAGGAUGCCCAAGAACAGGCCCAGGAAGUCGUGGAGGACGUGGGCGCGUACAACCUAGCCGGCCUCGAAAUCGUAGACGCGUGGACCAGGAGGAGGAAAUUGAGUCCUCAGAAUCUUCAGAAUCCUCGUCGGAUUCCUCGGAAUUUGAAGGAUUUACAGAUUAA